UGGAUUGAGCUACAUGUCGUCAAAAUCCCGUUUCGUCGUCUCCUCAACUCUUUUAUUCCAAUUUUCACACACACACGCACGCAACCAACGCCUUCCCUUAUCUCUGGCCUUCCGCCAUUACUGCUUCUGCUGGAGGAGGACCAGCCGCCUUUCCCCUUCCCCAACAAUUUUUCAGAUUCUCCCAAACCCACCCAUCUCUCCGAAAACCAAUCAAGAUUCCAUUUCUAUCCCCUAUUUUUCUUCCUUGUUUUUGCGCAGACGCCGUUGUUGCGCUCACUCAUCUCUUAGCUUCAUGGUGUUCGUCCAUGGAGGAUUGAUUUUUUCUCUGUGUUAUUGAUGAUCGGAAGAUUGAGGAUGAACCACUGCGUUCCUGAUUUUGAAAUGGCUGACGAUUUCUCCCUCCCAACAUUCUCUAGUUUAACCAGGCCGAGAAAAUCGUCUAUGCCGGACGAUGAUGUAGUGGAGCUUCUAUGGCAGAACGGCCAAGUGGUGGCUCACAGCCAGAACCAGAGGUCGGUCCGGAAAUCACCGCCCUCCAAAUUCGAUGUUUCGAUUCCGCAAGAUCAAACGGCGGCGGUGGCGGCUAGAGAGAUCCGGCCUUCGUCUCAAUUGGAGGAACCUCAUGACCUUUUUAUGCAAGAAGAUGAAAUGGCCUCGUGGCUCAACUAUCCUCUCGUUGAGGAUCAUAAUUUCUGCUCCGACCUCCUCUUCCCCUCCAUGACUGCUUCUCUUUGCGGCAAUUCUCAAACCGAGCCCCGGCCAUCCGCUACGGCGACGGUCACUCUCACGCAGGGGCCGCCAACUCGACUGGAAAAGCAGAGCUCCGUGCAGUUCUCGAGGAACAGAGCGACGGUCGAAUCGGAACCGUCGAAUUCAAAGGCUAUGGUGCGGGAAGCCACUGUGGUGGAUUCUUGCGACACGCCGUCUGUCGGGCCGGAAUCUAGGGCUUCAGAAAUCGCGAGGAGAAAGCUUGCGGAGGCGGUGAAUGGUGCCGAUGUAUGGCGUGAGACGGUUUGUGGUAGUGAUGGAGGCGGAGGUGCGUCGGUCAGCGGCGAUGGCGUCGGGGAGAAAGAGUUGGUGACUUGUGAAAUGACCGUCACUUCAUCCCCUGGCGGCUCGAGUGCCAGUGCCGAGCCUGCUGCCCCAAAACUGGCUGCCGAUGACCGGAAGCGCAAAGGAAGAGCUCCCGAUGAUACCGAAUGCCAAAGCGAGGAUGUUGAGUACGAAUCCACUGAUCCGAAGAAACAAUUGCGUGGUUCGACAUCGAUGAAAAGAUCUCGUGCUGCUGAGGUUCACAACCUCUCAGAGAGGAGACAUCGGGAUCGGAUAAAUGAGAAGAUGAAGGCUUUACAGGAACUCAUCCCUCGAUGCAACAAGACCGAUAAGGCUUCGAUGUUGGAUGAAGCGAUCGAGUACUUAAAGACCCUUCAGUUGCAAGUGCAGAUGAUGUCGAUGGGAUGUGGGAUGAUGCCGAUGAUGUUCCCGGGCGUUCAACAAUACUUGCCACCACCGAUGGGGAUGGGAAUCGGGAUGGGCAUGGGUAUGGGAAUGGAAAUGGGCAUGAAUAGACCAAUGAUGCAAUUUCCUAAUCUCCUGGCUGGCUCAAACUUACCAAUGCAAGCUGGAGCAGCAGCAGCUGCAGCAGCUCAUUUGGGUCAGAGAUUCCCUCUCCCUGCCUUUGCAAUGCCUCCUGUUCCCGGUAGCAAUCCAUCCCAAGCUCAAGCAAUGAAUAAUCAACCGGAUCCGAUCGUUAACCCAGCUGGAACACAAAAUACAACCCCGCCUCCAGUCUCAGGUUUUCCUGAUUCGUAUCAGCAGUUUCUUAGCUCCAACCAGGUGCAGUUUCAUAUCGCACAGGCUGUACAGGUAUCGUUUUUUGGCAGUCACCUUCAUUUUGUAUACAAAUUCAGCAUGUUUCUAAAGUUGGUUGGCAUCAAAAUUUCAACCAAAUGCCACUGUCAACCUUGCGAAUCCGAACCGACGAGUUAAUUUUCAACCUUUAAAAGAAUCAGCAACCAGUUCAGCCUAAUACAAGCAGGCCAUGUACUGACAGGAAUCCCAAAAAUCUCUAAAAUCAUCAAUCAGGUAAGCCUCUUCCUUUAUCUUUUGGGACGUUCAUGAUAUUCAUUGGUCGUAUGAUACGUCAUUCGUAGAUUAGUUGAAACAUUAUUGUUAUAUUACCUUAAGAUCCAAAAUAAGUUCCAUUCACGUUGCUAUUUAUAAGGUUUUCGCGUAUUUUAGGUUAAUAUUGAAUGCUUGGACUCGAAAACUCGCUUGCUGGGCAAGAUUUGCGCAUAUUAGAGUGUCGAAAGCUUUGAACAUGUGCAUCUGCUGCCUGCAAGUACGAUAUAUAUCGCAAAUAACAUGUAAUGACCGUGACCCUGUAAACAUAAGUCUGUACUUCUUUUGCGUUAUUCUAUCUUUUAAACAAUCGUUGCCCUUUUCCUGACCUGUUAUUCUGCUAGAUUGUGAUAGAAAGAAAGUUGAGUUACAGAUGGUCACUACACGAAACUGUCGUGUUGCAUUUCAUUCGGCUCGGGUCCAGGGCGUUGAUGCUGAUCGAUCCAACUUGGUGUGGUAAUCGUCGUCGGGUAGCAUCAAAGUAUUCCAAACUCUCCAACUUCAGAGUAAUUUCCUUGUCUUUCCUGGGCCAUGGUUCCACUGCAUUAUAUAUUCUUCACACAGUUGUUGCUCAAGAUUCUUUCUCUUCAUCAUAAUAAGAACUUGUUUCAUAGCUAUUCCACUUGCACUUGGAAUAUGAUAUAAAUUCUCCAUUACCCAUCGAAAGAUCUCCAGAAUUGUUUCUUUUCAAAGUUGUUUGAAAGUGGAAGAACAGCAAAUCCACUGUAAAGAUGAGACGAUCUUAAAUUUUCUUUAGGAGAUGAAAGUGUGAAAUAGGGGCAUUUUUGGUAUAGUAAACCUUUUUUUUUUUAUCUUGUUUUUGGUAUGGCAUCAUUGAAGGUGACAUUUCUCGUAUAUUAUUCCAUUGAUAUUAUUUUGGUGUAAUAAAAAUAUUCGGGUAUUUUAUA